AUGGGCAGCACGGAGACGGGCCUACAACAGUGCCCCGCUUGUGUGAAAACUGGCAAUUCGCAGCUGCGCUCUGAUACAGAUGUGACAGCUGAGGCAGUAGGUGUAGCUAUUGCUGCACCUCCAUCAGAAGGGGAGGCAAAUGCAGAGCUGUGUCGCUACCUCUCUAAGGUGCUAGAAGUGAAGAAGAGUGAAGUUAUUUUAGAGAAGGGUGGUAAAUCACGUGAAAAAGUGGUGAAGAUUUUGGUAUCGAUGACACCAGAAGAGAUUUUAGAAAAACUGAAAAAAGAAGCUUCCAGUUGA